AUGAGUGACUCAGACAAUCAAGAAGAGGGAGACAACCCUGCCACAAGAUAUAUCUUAUUGGGCGGACAACAUGGUCAUCCUCCGAUUCACGAUGGCGUGAACGAUCAAAUCGAUAACUGUUUUCCUAAGGAACCGGUGCGGAUAGAUAAAGAAGUUAUGGGAGAUUUCGAUUCCAACCCAGCUCUACUCACUAAUCGAAAUCUUAUCCAUCCACCACUGUCAGAAGGAAGAAGCUAUGAGAUUUUGCCAGAGGUUAUUGCUUUGGUGAACAAAAAUCAGUUUCAGGGAAGACCUCAAGAGAACCCCUUGGAGCAAAUUGAUGCAUUUGAAGAAAUCUGUGGGACUAUCAGCGCAGAUGGAGCACCAAAGGAGUAUUUGAAAUGUAAACUCUUCUCUUUUACAUUGACAGGAAAAGCCUUAAAGAUGGGUGAAGUAUCUUUCAGCUCAAUCCAUAACUACUUGGAAAGAGUACAAAGGGGCAUUCUUAGGCACUUUUUCACUAAGCAAAGAGCAUAUCUAUUGAGAGAGAAGAUCUCCAAUUUUCAACAAGGGCCGGUGGAGCCUUUUCAUGAAGCUUUAGAGAGUUUCAAGAACUAUACUAGGGAAUGUCCUAAUCAUGGGCUUUCUUAUGGAAACCUAUGA